AUGCACUUCGGCGGAGGGUCUGGUGGAGGUCUCGGCGGGGCCAGUAGCGGAGGGAGCCAAGGAGCUCCCUCUGUCGUCGGUUCGGUCGACGAAUCACUUGAUAUCGGCGAAGGCAACGAUGCAUUCACUGGCAACCGAUGGGACUCGGUCCCGUCGGCCCAAGCCGGCCGCCCUCUCAUUGGCGCUCCGCACCAAAUUGCGCCCCAAAGUCUCCAGCAAUCACAGCGACCGUCCGCAUACCCGUCCGGAUAUCCGUCGCAGCAGCCCGUCCCGCCGUACAUGCCGGUCGGACAGGGGCCGGUCGAUCGUCUCGUACCCUCGGAUGCAGCCGCAAUGACGGACAAGCGCGAAGUAAUCCGAAAGGUUUUCUGGCCGGAAAUCAAGUCUUGGAUGACCUCCGACACGGCCCUCCAGCAGUUUGCUGCUCCAUGCCCCAAAUGCUCAACAUCGAUGACCACCACGCCCGGCCAGAACUCGAAUCGCGCCAUGGUUCUCGUUUGCGGUCACAUUCUGUGCGAAGCGUGCAUCAAACAAAUUGCAAAUCUUUACAACCUCGGUCAACCAAAGUGCCCCUACUGCCCGGGCCUCAUCGGCCCUUACUCGCAGUGCGCUCAAAGCUGUAUGGAUGUGGGCAUGAUGGGCUUGCCUCUGCCCGGGAGCAUGACAGAAUUGGACAAGUUCCCGCUCACCACUCCCGAGGGCGCCUCCCGCCCUUCGUGUUGCUUCAAGUGCCGCGCUCUCCGCGUCGAGAGAGCGACCAACUCGCUAAUGAGAGCCAUACUCAGCGAGACCAGGUCCCGUGCGGUUUGGGCUCCCAGAUACGACCACAAAGCUGAUGGGAAAGAUUACAGUGACUACAAGCGGGUACCAGCGCUUGACAACCUCAUGAGGCAGAUCCGAGACAUUGCGCAUAGCGAUUAUAUCUAUCAAAAGUAUACUUGGCUGACGCCGACUGCUGAGCAGAAGAGGCAGGAAGCUUGGGUGGAGAUGCUGGACACGGGACGUCAUGUCUCGUAA